AUGUAUAAGUUUUGUUUGAAUUUAUUUUUGGUGUUUCUUCUUGCAUUUCCAUGUGGCCUUAAUGCUGUCGGGACAGUAUUUGCAGAGACUGAUGCAGAACAAGCAUAUGCUUCAGAGGAUGCUGCAGUAGAAGAGGGAGAAGAUGAUGAAGAUGAGGCACUAGUUGAAGAGACUCAAACAGGAGACAAAUAUGAUGCUGAUGAUUUGGAUAAAAAUUCCCAGGACACAGAUGUAACAUCACAUCCUGAUGCAGACACAACAAUCAUCUUUAUCACUGGAGAAGACUUUCCUGCCAAUGAAAUUGUGAAAUUUCUUGUGGGUUUCACAAAUAAGGGCAGCCAGGAUUUUACAGUGCAGUCUCUGGAGGCUUCCUUCCAUUAUCCCCAAGACUAUCAAUUCUUCAUCCAAAAUUUCACAGCUUUGCCCCUGGGUACAGUGAUAAAGCCUAAUAAACAGGCUUCUUUUGAGUAUUCCUUCAUUCCAGCUCAGCCUAUGGCUGGCCGUCCUUUCGGGUUGGUCAUUUUAUUGAACUACCUUGACAGUGAGGGCGGUGCUUUCCAGAGUGCAGUGUACAACCAGACUGUGACCAUCACCGAAGUGGAUGAAUGCCUGGAUGGAGAAACAAUAUUCAUGUACAUUUUCCUCAGUGGAUUGUUUGUACUGAUGGUCUUUGGAAUGUAUCAGGUCCUGGAGUCACGAAUGAAAAAGCGAGUUCCAAUGAAAGUUGAGACAAGCACUGGUGGACUGAAUGAUGCGGAUAUUAGCUGGAUACCCCCAGAGACCCUCAACAUCAUGAAGAAAACAUCCCCAAGAGCCUCCCCGAGAAAACGAGUCACAAGAUCAGCAGGCAGCACAGACCAGUAA